GAAGUGGUUUGCAAAUGGCGGUUGUGUUGAAAGUCUAAACAUUGCUGCCAAGGUUGAGGUAAAGUGUCUGUGUUGAUAUCAAGAGUGGUGGCAGUGCUGUGAUGGCAGAGUCUGCGGAUAAAGAAAACCAUUCCCUGCAGGAGAUGCAAGUGGAACAAGAUGAUGCCAGCAUGAGUCAGAAAGCAGUGCAGCCUGAGAAAAUGCUGAAAGGGAGCUCUGAAAAAUUGAAAACUUCACCUCAGAAGAAAAAGAAGAAGAAAAACACCCCAAAGAAACAGAUUUCUGACAGCACUGAGAAAGAAACUCCUACAGAAGGUGGAGAUACAGCAGCAAAUACAGAAGGUGAAGGAGCCAGAGAAGUAGAAGGCCAUGAAGCAUCUACAGAAUUGUCAAAGGCAGCAGAAUCUGUUGAAGACAUUGGAGAUGCAGAAGUCUUAAACUUGGGUAACCUAGCAGAUCUUGAUGGUCCAGGAAGAAACCGUUUAUUUGAGAGGGGCAGGCAGUAUGAAGACAAUGGUAAAGCACAGCUGGCUUUGAAGUGUUACCUAGGCUGUUUGACUGGCCUGGAGGAGGGGAGCGGGUUCACAUACUUACCACAGUGUCUCCAUAGUGUGGCUGAUGUUUAUUUUAAAAAAGAAGAAUAUGAAAAAGCUAUUCAGUUUAUACAAGCUGAGAAAAUGUAUUAUGAGAGUGCCUUAAUUGACACCAUGGGGUUGGAGAAGAGGGUUGAGGACAGAAAGAAGGAGAAGGAGUCGGGAGAUACCUCACCGCCUGACACUGGAGAAGAAAGCCUUGAUGCUUUGAGAGCCACAGAAUAUGAAGAGUUGUCAAAACUGUGUCUGGAGAGAGAUCAGCCAAGGCUAGCUUUGGAUUACAUUGCCAAGGCAACCAAGCUGAGGCAGCAGGUAUUUGGGGAGCAGCAUCCUAUCACUGUGAAAAGUUUAGAUUUCUUCACUGUUGUCUAUGCAGAGGUUGGAAAGCAGCAGUAUAAAGAAUCUCUGCAGAAGCACACUGACAGGGCAGUGUCACCAGGUGAGGGUGGAGAUGCAGAUCCCACUCCUAUUUCAGAGCCAGCUUCAAUAUUGAGACGAAGGAAAUUCACUACUGAUUCCGGUCUGGCAGAAAAACUCAAAAGAGAAGUUAGUUUUGAGGAAAUGAGAAGAAGAGACAAGGAAGAUGAGGAGUGGAUCUCUAUGACUCUGUUAUGGAUAUUCUUAGGAGUAUUAAGUAUUAUGCUUGUGGUACUUCUCACCACACUUUACUGCAGUCUCACAGAGAGAUCUUCCACAUGUUCGGCUAUCAAAGGCAAUAUUUACUAUGCCUACAUGAAGAUAAAAUACACAUAUCAUUACUAUACAAGCACUAAGGAUUUCCACAUGGAGCCACCAGACAGAUAUCAAAGCUGACAGAAAUGUUUUGAGUCUCAUAGCUAUGAUUACGAAAAAAACUAAAAUCUAGAAUUCAGAAUUCAGCAGAUCUGGCCUUCUGACUAUUGUCAACAAAAUGGAGUUAUUUGAAUUUUCUGCCUACAGAAAUGGGGAAAAACGAACUAGAAUUACACCAGUGUCUAAUUUUGCUGUUGAAACCUAUAAUCAGUAGCAGAAUACAAUUUGGAAGUCAUUUUUUUUUCUUAAAAACUUGAUUUGAUCAUAUUUCUUUAUGCUGUAUCCUCUUGCCUUGCCCUUGGUUAUUAUUUCUCUUCAAAUGAUCUCAUUCACUGAUGAUUUACAUUGCACUAAAUGAAACAAAAUUACUCUUUCAAUUAUAUUUCCUUGCUUUGAACAAUCUUAAUUUGAUUUCUUUAGAAUUAUUCCUUUUAGACUCAUUAUUGUGACAACUAAAGAUGACUGAAUACAUUCCAUUUAUUUUUAAUAUGGAUAAGGGUUAAUUAGGGGGACCUGGUUAUUGUUGCAGAUAAUGUAGAACUGAAAUUGCACAUUGUAUCAUGACUUUAAAUGAAAGGGGUUUACCCAGCAUGUUUUUCAUUUACAUUUAUCACCUAGCUGUUAUUCAAAACUGUAGAGUUAUGACUUGCAGCAUUUUAACUGUUAUUUUUGUAUGUUGAAUAUGUAACUUCAAAGGUUGUAGAGAAAAGGUUGAAUCAUGAAGGCUAUAGCAGGUGUAAGCAUACUUCAUGACAUUUGCAAUGAAUAUUUGAAGAAGAGAACUGAAAUAGCUUAUCUGGGCAGGACUGAUGGAUAUCACCCUCUUAACAGUUCAAUAUAGAUAUGACAUUGCAGGCCAAGCCAACUCGGGUCAAUUGGUAGAUUAGGGAAAAGGGGAAUGAAAUAGAUAAAAGGUUUGGUAUGAAACUUGUUAAUUUAAUUGCUCUCAAAAUGUCAAAAUAUGACACCAAAGUGGUAUUCUCCAGAGUACAUUUACAUGUAGUGGGUUUCCCUAUUAAUGCAUUAAUCAAAUUCUGUCUCUCCUGUCAGUGUAAUGGUUAUACCAAAGAUUAAUAGAGGUAGUAUUCUUUGGAGGAUGUUGACCAAAGCAUUAUUACAGCUGUGGCUCUGGUGGAAUAGUCUGUGUGAAAACUCUGAAGUGCCUCCAUGGUGGUAGUCGAUGUGAAUGUAUUUACUGAAAGAAUAAUCACUUUGAAUUUUGUGAAAAAAAAAAA